AUGACCGCUAUCCCAGAUUGGAAGCUACAGUUGCUAGCCCGGCGGAGGCAGGAGGAGGCAGCGGUUCGUGGCCGUGAGAAAGCAGAACGGGAUCGCCUGUCCCAGAUGCCAGCCUGGAAGCGGGGGAUUCUGGAACGACGCAGAGCCAAGUUGGGCCUGCCUCCUGGAGAGGCGAGCUCUGUGCCUGGGACUGCAGAGGCUGGACCUCCAGACCCAGAUGAGUCCGCUGUCCUCUUGGAGGCUAUUGGGCCAGUACAUCAGAACCGAUUCAUCCAACAGGAGCGGCAGCGGCAGCAGCAGCAGCGAAAUGAAGUCCUUGCUGAUAGGAAACCGGGGCCUCUGGAGGCUGGAGAGCGGAGAUCAAGUCCUGGUAAUUUAAGAGAACAGAGCCCCAAGGGGAGAGACUCAAGAGAAGAGAGGCUAAGUCCCAGGGAGGCCAGAGAUAGGAGGCUGGUGAUAGGGGGAGCCCAAGAGUCGUGUUCCAGGACUUUGGAGACUCGAGACUGGAGGCAGAGCCCUGCAGAGCCCAGAGACCUGAGUUCCAGACCAGCAGAGGCGCAGAAAUGGAGGCUGAGCCCUGGAGAAACUCCAGAGGAGAGUCUGAGGUUGGCAAGCCCUGGAGACCACAGUCCCAAGAGAAAAGAGGUAUCGGAGAGCAGACUGAGCCCUGGGGAGUCCAGUGACCAGAAGGCCUGCCUGACAGAGGCCCAUAAAUGGAAUCUUGACCCGAAAGAACCCCAGAAACAGAGCUUCAUACAGCUGGAGGCCACAGAGUGGAGGCUGAAUUCAAGGGAAGAGAGAAAAGACUACCUGGAGGAGUGUGGGAGAAAGGAAGAGUCGCUGAGGCCGGGGACUGCCCUAGAUCAGUCUCCAGUGACAAAGGAGGCUCACGACACCCCCUCUGGAGAAGCGGAGACUUCUGAGCAGAGGUCCAGCCCUGCGGAGGAUGGAGACAGGGUCUCCAGGCCCACUGAAGGCUGGAAAUGGACCCUAAACUCUGGGAAGGCUCGAGAACGGACGCCUAGGGACAUAGAGACUCCUCAGGAGCCAGAGCCUCCAACAUCUCCAGAGAAGCACCUGGGGCCGUCUGGCGCGGAGGAGGCGGGGGCUCAGAGCAGGCCUCUCAGAGCCCAGCAGAACCUCUGCGCUGGGCCCUCCUCCCUCCCACCGGAGCACGCAGGGCCCGGGACGGAAGGCCCGAGACAACAGGAAGAGGAAGCUGCAGAAACGCGGCCCCCAACACCAGCCCCUCUGUCUCCCCCACCCCCAGCCCCAGCUGCCCCCCAGCCCCCCGGGGAUCCCCUCAUGAGCCGUCUAUUCUAUGGGGUGAAGGCAGGGCCGGGGGUGGGGGCCCCCCGCCGCAGCGGACACACCUUCACUGUCAACCCACGGAGGUGUGUGCCCCCUGCCAGCCCGGCCCCUCCGGCGGCCACCCCUGCCUCAGCUGAUGCUGCAGGGCCUGGUCCUGGGAAGAAGCGGUACCCAACUGCUGAGGAAAUCUUGGUGCUGGGGGGCUACCUCCGUCUCAGCCGCAGCUGCCUUGCCAAGGGGUCCCCGGAAAGACAUCACAAGCAGCUCAAGAUCUCCUUCAGUGAGACGGCCCUGGAGACCACCUACCAAUACCCUUCGGAGAGCUCGGUACUGGAGGAUCUGGGCCCGGAGCCUGAGGCCCCCAGUGCUCCCAUCCCCUUGGCGACCCAGCCUGAUGACGACGACGACGAGGAGGAGGAGGAGUUGCUACUGCAGCCCGGGCUCCAGGGAGGGCUGCGUACCAAGGCCCUAAUCGUGGAUGAGUCCUGCAGGCGGUGACCAUCUUCCAAUUUGGGCACAUACCUCCUUCCCAUACCUGAAGAUCCUGGAGUCUGAAGAUUCAGAGCCGACAGACCCUGGCAGUGAGCGUAUUCCGACUUGCUUUUCCCAUCCUGUUUCUGGGGCAGAGCCAGUAGCCUCAAUUUACCCCUAACCCAAGCCCCCCGCCCCCAUCCCUCACCCCCGUGGGUGUGGCCAUGUGGGCUGGAGCAUUCUUGGUGAGCUUAGAACGAGCAUCAGUGGAACACGGGAUGGAGCACCGCCAGCCCCGUGUCAGGGGUUACACUGUCCCCCCACAGCCUUCUUUGACUUCCUGCCACUCCCGGGGACACUCAGGAUUUUAAGGGCUCAUCUCUCCCUUGGGAGGCCUGGAACCCACUCCCAGCCCCUCUUCCUAGGUCACUGACCCCUUUGUUUACAGCUUCCUUGGCCUCGCUGGAUCGCAGCCUGGUUUACAGACCCACCAGCUCCCAGUCCCUCCUCUCAUUCAAGUCCCAGGUUUACAAGCUAUGCCUACCCACGGGCUUCCCCGAGGAAUCCGACACCCUCCCUUUGUCCUACUGAGAGUGACUGGGGGAGGUUAUGUGGCUUUCCUUCGACUUUGCUCAGUAUUACCGUGCCUCAGUUUCCCCAGCAAUGAGAGAAUUAUUUAAUUCUGUUCCUCCUCGUGGUUCACAUUGAAUUGAGUUGCAGUGUAGGGGGGGUGGGGGGGACUGACAGAGGUGACUCACCUCUCCCCUGCUGCUGCUUCAUCGGCUGCCUGGUUCGUUUCAUUUUGUACCUUUCCAUAAUAAAAUGGAGCUCUUUUCAA